CUAUAUCCAUGGCAAACCGAAGUAUUGUUUCCACGGCUGUGACAGCAUUAUUCCUUGCAGUCCUAAUAGCAAUCCCAACAAGUGUGCAUUCUAUUGGGUUUUGUUUUAGAAGACUUGGAAACAACCUACCCCAACCUAGUGAGGUAGUGGAUCUCUACAAAUCUAACAACAUUGAGAGGAUGAGAAUCUAUCAUCCAUAUCAACCUAUUCUUGAAGCACUCCGAGGGUCCAACAUUCAAGUCAUGGUCGAUGUCCCUAAUGAAGAUCUCCCAAGUCUAGCCUCUGAUGCUUCAGCAGCAAAUGACUGGGUUCAAAAUUACAUAAAUGCCUAUCCAGAUGUUUCAUUUCGAUACAUCGCAGUUGGCAAUGAAGUGAUACCUGGAGAUUCAGCUGCAUAUGUGCUCCCUGUCAUGAAUAACAUCCAGUCUGCUCUAUCGGCCAAUGGUCUACAAGGCCAGAUUAAAGUUUCGACUUCGGUUUCUCAAGGUGUCCUUGGGGCGUCAUAUCCUCCAUCUCAUGGUGCAUUCACUUCUGAUGCAUUACAAUACUUUAGACCAAUUGUCAACUUUUUGGAUAGCAAUGGAUCACCACUCCUAGUAAAUGUGUAUCCAUACUUCAGUUACGCCAGCAACCCAAAUGAUAUCGAUAUCAAAUAUGCCUUGUUUACUUCCCCAGGGACCGUCAUACAGGAUGGCCAAUUUGGCUAUCAGAACCUCUUUGAUGCAAUAGUUGAUGCGGUCUACUCAGCAUUAGAGAAGGAAGGAGGUUCUAACAUGGAAGUUGUAGUUUCAGAGACUGGUUGGCCUUCAGAUGGUGGUCUUGCAGCAUCAGUGGAUAAUGCAAGGACAUAUAACCAGAAUUUGAUUAAACAUGUCCGUCAAGGGACACCUAAGACAUCUGGAAGGGCUGUAGAGACUUAUAUAUUUGCCAUGUUCAAUGAGGACCAAAAGCCAGCAGGGAUAGAGCAGAAAUGGGGUAAAUGGGGUAUAUUCUAUCCAAAUAAGCAACAUGUCUAUCCACUCAAUUUCAAUUAAAAGAUGACAGAAGGUUGAGAAAAAUUAUC